GUGAAAAGGUCAUUAAUAUGUACUAAUUCAUUAUUGCACUUUUUUCACCUCCAGAAAAGUUCAGAUCCAAUAUAUUCUGUUUAUUGACUACACCAAACAGGAAAUUUCAUUCAUCAGCCCUGCCAAAAUGAUUUUGAAAUCAUUAAAACCUUUUUAUCUGUCAUUCACAAACAAUUCGUCCACAUUAUUCUCUGCAACCAAGCUUGCUGGUCUCAGUGGAGUAGUUUGUUGUCGUGAGAAAAGCACUAAGCCUGGCCGCCUAAAGCCACAUCGUGGGCACUACCGCUACCGAGGCAUCAAGACUCCUGAUAGCACCUUCGUCACUUCUGGCACCAGCCUCGUCUCGCAGAGAGGUCUUGUCUACUUCCCAGGCCUCAAUGUUGGAGUGGGUCGCGACUUCACGCUGUUCGCCCUGGAACACGGCCGCGUCUUUGUCACCACUGAGAAAGUUUGCCCAAACUGGAGCCACAGUUUCAUCAAAAGAUUUUACGGCCAAUUCAAAGACAGCCAAGUCCCUAUCUAUAAAAAUUACCUCCAUGUUAUACCUAUACCGAUGCCUAAUAAAUUCAAACUCGUCGAGCAAUAUUGAAAUGAAUGAUGAAAAUGAUAUCACUCGUUGUGCUUCGGGACUCAUGUUUUUGCAUUUCUAACCAACCUCGUCCAAUUUUGUUUCUCGAUAGAAAACGUACGUUGUCUUUUUUUUAACCGAUUGAUGAAAUUAACAGAACAAUUGCUGCGUUCCUAUCUGUUAUCAAGCUCUCAAGUAGCAAUUAGCAAUCUGGCAGAAUGUAAACAAAACAUGCAAAUGCCAUUCUUCAUGUUAUUUUUCAUUGUGUUUUUAAGUUGCUGGAAAUCAUCGAUGUGUCAUAAUGAACUUAUUUUGUUAUGAAUCAUAUUCGCAGUAAAGUGACGGAGUUAUUUGUACAAAGUAACUUGAGGAGCUCCAAAAGAAAUUAUGCCU